CCCACACGGAUCGCACACAGCCACGUUCCGCCUUUUCUUCUGCGAAAUCUUCAAUUUGGCAUCUGUCUUUCUCUUAUUCCUCACCAAGACACCGAUCACACUCGCACACAAAACAAAAACAAGAAUUAGCGAUGGAAGUUCGAUGACCAUUCUCUCCAGGAAACUAAACCUUCUUAUUCUGGUGUCAUAAUUUUGGGUGAAUAUUCGUUAUGGAUAGGAAUGGGAUGCGAGAACCCUUGCUUCCAGGGGUCAUAGAUCCUUCACCUCGAGCAAAGACAAAGAAUGGUCCAAAGAGUAGACGAUUUCGUCGUACUAGAAGUGCUCCUCUUGCUGAGUAUGCACCCCUAGAGGCAUACGGCAUUGACUCAGUUCAACGUCCUGAAUCUGUUAUUCACCCUAGUUUUGUUAAAGUAGCUAUUUUCUUGACUGUCUACUUAGGAUUGGGAACUAUAUGUUUCUACCUCGUCAGGAACCAGAUCGAGGGCGAGAAGACGAAUGCAAUUCUUGAUGCUGUUUAUUUCUGUAUUGUGACAAUGACUACUCUUGGAUAUGGAGAUUUAGUGCCCGACAGUAUCCCAGCGAAACUACUGGCCUGUGCUUUUGUCUUUACUGGGAUGGCUCUUGUCGGUUUGAUCUUGAGCCAAGCAGCAGACUAUUUAGUAGAGAAGCAAGAAAGAUUGCUUAUCAAAGGUUUCCAUGUGCAUCAGCAAUUUGGUGAAACUGAUGUCCUUAAAGAAGUUGAGACUAACAGUUUGAGGUACAAAUGCAUUACAGUCUUUAUCCUUCUUUUGGUACUUAUGACUUCCGGCACGAUCUUCCUAGCUACAGUUGAGAAAUUGGACCUAGUGGAUGCAUUUUACUGUGUUUGUUCCACCAUCACUACCCUGGGAUAUGGAGAUAAGAGCUUCUCAACUGAACCCGGGCGUGUUUUUGCAGUUUUCUGGAUAUUGACAAGUACUAUCUGUUUAGCUCAGUUUUUCCUCUACAUUGCCGAGCUAUACACCCAGCAUAGACAAAGGGCACUGGUUGACUUUGUUCUUACCCGUAGAAUGACUAACGUAGAUUUGGAGGCAGCUGAUCUUGAUGAUGAUGGGGUUGUUGGGGCUGCUGAGUUUGUCAUAUAUAAACUCAAAGAGAUGGGGAAGAUUAAUCAAGAAGAUAUUAGACUUGUAAUGGAGGAGUUUGAGGCUCUUGAUGUUGAUCAGUCUGGAUCCUUGUCAGUUUCAGAUCUAACACUUGCUCAAUCAUAAAGCUAAUUCUGGCCAGAUGCUAUGAUGUUUCACUUGUACCCUACUAGAAGGCAAUGCAGAAUCAUGUAAGUUUCUAAUAGCUUCCCACUACCCCCACCCCCCCACCCCCCGAUAUGUGCCUGACAGUUCAUUUUUUGUGGCUUUAAAAAGUUUCUCAGCGAUGUUGUCUACCUUGUUCAUAUUAUAUACAGAGCCACACCCAAAAACACUUCCACAUCUCUUCCCUACUCAAAAUAGACAUUUUGUAACCGUUGUACUGAUCAUGAUUCUUCUUUCGUUACUGCUCAUUGUUUGUACCAACUACUUAUUGUAAGUCUUGUACUUACUGUUCUUGUUAAUUAAACUUUCCUUCUUUUUUUUGCAUUUGGGACGAGGCCCGUAGGCUUUCAAAACUUGUAUGUUUAUAAUUUAGCUCUGCUGUCUAAACAGUUUUAGACGUAUGUCUCUGAUGGCAAGUUUCUUGAUUUCUCGGUCUCGGAUUUAUAUGGCUCGGUAUUUCCACUUGGUCUUCUGGACUGUCCAUUUAACUUAAGCCUCGUCCUAUGGUUAGCAGAGUAUCCAUACAGCAAGAAAAGUGAUAAUGGGUGGUGUGAGUGGCAAGUUGAUAAUGAUACUUUCAAUCUAAGUUUGGCAGGACCCUGUCAGUCUCCAUUGUUUCUUUCUACAUUAGGUUUGUAGUCUGAUAGUGAGUAAGUUCACUGAUUUCUCCUGUUUCUAGUUAAUUUUACAGUGCCUAGAUUCCAUUUCUGCCUUAAUGAGGUGUAAACGAUUGCUUCUAUUCUUGUGAUUGUUUGGAUUCCUCAGCAUAUAAGGAAUUGAAACUUUGAUAUGAUAAUAAGAGUAUCUUUUUCAUCAG